GGUAAUCAGCAGAAGCGUCGUGGUGGGUGGCCUCCGACCGCCAAACCCGAGGUGCUGUGGACGUUGGACGAGAGGAUCCAUCUCGCGAGGAUGAUGCAAGAGGACGACGCCCUCAUGGCGGACGCCAGCGGCCAACACCGCAUGAUGGCGAUGAAGGAUCGGUACGCAUGGGUCGUCGCACGGAUGAAGGAUGCCGGGUACAUGCACAGGACAGCGGAGGAUUGCCGGAAGAAGUGGACGAACAUGAUGAUAACAGCGAAGCUCAUUCUCGACAAGCAACAGAAGAAGUCGGGGGAGCCAUCGUAUUUUGACAUAACAAUUGAGGAGCGGAGAGAGAGGAAAAUGCCGUUGUCUUUCGAGAAGGCGUUGUGGGACGCGAUGACGUGGAAACUUGAUCGACCAUCCAUCCAGUGCGACAAGACUAUGGCAUCGGAGUCACUCCCGGGGAAACGACAGGAGCCAUCACCGACGGUCGAAUCCGACGCAAUGGGGACAGAAGAGUCGGACAACUCAAACAAGGCACGUCGAACAGGGAUCGGCAAGGCGAGGGUGCAUGAAGGCGGAUCAGGCGGAUCGUCCUUGGGCAAAGUAAUGGAAGACUCAACGAGAUCGUAUUGUCAGGGACUUGACAAUGCGACGUCCACCCUGGUGACAGCGAGAACAGAGGCAGGCACGGCAAUUGCAGCGAGAAUAGUGCGCGUCAACGAUGUCCAUGCGAUGGACAUCACGGCUGGAUUGGGGUUUGACAGCGAUGGCGCUUUGAGCCACGUACUCCUGUUCGUGACGAAGAGGCAUGAGGUGGUGGCAAACAGAUGGGAAGGUCUCCACCGGGACGCGGUGGGGGACACCAUCAAGUACCUUGUGUCCGCCAUCGCCGAAGAGUUUGAGAACCGCAUGGACAACACGCCUUGCGGUGUUGUUGGCGAUGAUGAUGAUGAUGACGAGUUAUAUGACGGCGACGAUGAUGAUGAUGACGAGUUAUAUGACGGCGGCCAUUAACAUGAUGAUGAUGACAUGUAUGCAGUGGUGUUCUUGGCGGUGAUUCUUUGUGGAUUGCAUUUUUUUUUGUUUUUGGGGAACAUGUCAUGUAAGUAG